UGGCGGCCGCUUUUUUUCCUCGCCCUUUCUCUCAAUCUUUCUUCCAGCCAAUCCUGUGAACGCCGGUCGCGCUCAUUAUGCGGACUGCCAUUGGGCUUUGGCCGGUAUGCACGCUCACAUUCACCUGCAUUCGCGCUAAGGUGCUUCAAUCCAUGCGUACAUAACCCGCUGCGAUCCGCUGUUUUCCUCAGAGCAGCUAUAGCACUCUGAUUAUAGUCGGCUUGCACACGAUCUACUAAUAUCCGCUCCAUCAUCGAUCUGUAGUCAUCAAACGCAGAUGGCCAAGAAGCUGGAGAAGCUGGAGCAAUGCACCGAGUACCGCACGUUCCGGUUCCGGAUCCAGGCAUUCUCGAACGCAUACCGCGAGUUCAUCGAGCGCGAGGCCGGAAUGACAGAGCAGGUGGUGAGCAAACAGCAGCUGCGCAACUACCUACACCAGCAAAGGUACAUCUCGCGGUUCAACGAAGACGGCAAGAAAGCCAAGAGCAAGGGCCACCACGUGUGGAACGUCGAGGCGAAAAAGAUCUCGCGGAACAGCUGGUGGUUCAAGGAGUUUGUGAGGCGGAUUGCGAGCCCGCCGCCCAAGGCCGUCAUCGGCGUGCCGUACGAGUGGACCCCGACGAUCUGGGACCCUCAGGUCAGAGCGCCAAAGGUGUACUUUCAUUCGCCGUGGCUGCCUGCGUGGCUCCGCUGGGAGAGCAACUCGCUGCGUGGGAUUCCCCCAUCCGAUGCUGUUGACUGCAACAUCAACGUGGUUGCCAGCUACUACCAAGGCAAAGAAGUGUGCCGCCUCGAAACGUCGUUCACGGUCCAUGUGGUCCCAAACACGCAGCUCAGCAUGUUCAUGCCCUAGAUCUGCAGCGGCUCCAUCCGAAGGCUCCCGUGUGUCAUUAUUAUUUCUACCAUUGAUACUUUAUUCGGCGCCGGCGAAAAUCUCAACGUUCGAGCCCCGAGGAAGACCGAAUGGCGAGAUACGGUUACUUGCGUACCGGCAUUCAGUAUGUUGUACGUAACCAUCACCGAGUGCCAUAUGUGUAAUUAUCGGUUUCAUAUAUCACGAUUCUUUAUAUUUCUC